AUGUGGCUUCUCCUCACCUUCUCCAUCCUGCUGACGUCUGCAGGGGCGCAGGAUGGUGACAAGGUCCUGAAAGGUGAGGAGUGCGCGCCCCACUCGCAGCCGUGGCAGGUGGCCCUCUUCGAGAGAGGGCGCUUCAACUGCGGCGCGUCCCUCAUCUCCCCACAGUGGGUGCUGUCUGCAGCCCACUGCCGCAGCCGCUUCAUGCGCGUGCGCCUGGGCGAGCACAAUCUACGCAAGCGCGAGGGCUCGGAGCAACUGCGCGCUGUUUCUCGCGUCAUCCCGCAUCCGGACCACGAGGUGCACAGCCACAAACACGACGUCAUGUUGUUGAAGCUGGCACGGCCAGCGCGCCUCUCCAGGCAAGUGCACCCCGUGGCCUUACCCAGCCGCUGCCCCCGCCCGGGUGAGGCCUGCGUGGUGUCCGGCUGGGGCCUGGUGUCCAGCGAUGAGCCCGGGACCACAGGGAGCCCCGUGUCACAAGUCAGCCUCCCAGAUACGUUGCAUUGUGCCAACAUCAGCAUUAUCUCCACCGCGUCCUGUAACAAGGACUACCCCGGACGCCUGCUGAACACGAUGGUGUGUGCCGGCGUGGAGGGCGGAGGCACCGACUCCUGUGAGGGUGACUCCGGGGGACCCCUGGUCUGUGAGGGGGUUCUGCAGGGCAUCGUGUCCUGGGGUGAUGUCCCCUGUGACACCACCACCAAGCCUGGCGUUUAUACGAAAGUCUGCAGCUACCUGGAGUGGAUUAGAGAAACCAUAAAAAGGAACUGA